AUACCAGGCUCAGGAGCAGACAGACAUGCAGUCGUGUCAGGGUGCCCCAUGCAGUAGAUGGCUACUACAGGACCUCAGUGCUAUCCCGUUUAAAAUCUCUAGCAAAUGGCUAGCUGUGGACGGACGCAGACAAACCCUGCACUGGUGUAGCUUGCUCUUGGCUCGACUCUUUCAGGGGUCAUCCUCCAUCAGAUUGGGUGAUGUUAUUCCAGUUCAAGGAGUUGUCAUUUGCCCUCUACAGUGGGUUGUACUAGGGUAAGUGUUGGAUCCGUCCAUGCCCCAGAGACAGCUUUUCUGGGUCUGCUCUGUCCCCCGCGGGGCUUGCAACGCUUCUGUUCGCUUGUCCGGUCUAGCAGGACGUGUUCACCGCGCCCUGGGAAAGGAUGGGGAAGAUGUCCGUGAUUGCCAGUGUCCUCGAAUGGUCCCACAGGCCCGUGGCACUCGGCAGCAGCUCACCGUCUUGCACGUUUCUCUCCUCUCUGCAGGGUACGAUAUGGCUGAGUUCAUACGUAAGCAGGGGAAGAGGCAGGACGACCGUGGGCUGGGCAGUGUCAUCGACUUCCUCUUGGCCAACACCAGGCUGGUGCUGGGGGUGAGCGGUGCCGCCGUGCUGGCCAUUGCGACUCUGGUGGUGAAACGGAUGAUCGACCGAGCCACCAGCUCGCCUGACGAGGACGAUGCCAAAGCAGAGCAGAAGUCCAUCGAGGAGAGCUGGCAGGAUCUGAGUUUGCUCAAGGCACCGCAGAAGCCCCCCAAGAAGCCAAGCAGGGAGGACCUUAGCGAGCCUCUGCCUGUAACCCAGCCUGCCCAAGAGCUACGCGAACAUCCUGCCUCCCUGGAGACUCUCUGCGUAGAGUCCAGACCUCUGCUUUGCCUCACGUUACAGGAGAAACUCCUCUCUUACUAUAACAACCGCGCUGCCGUCCCAGAGCCGGAAGCAGCCCUGGGGAGGCAGCUUGCAAAGGACGUCUGUGUGGAACUGCAGAACUUCCUGCAAAACAAGUACCCGGAGCUGCCCUUUGGCAGGAUGGUUCUCAGCGGUUCCCUCCUCAACGACCUCCAGGUGGUUGCUGCCGACCACGUUGACUUCCUGCUGCCUAUGGCACUCGAAGCUGCGCUCUGGCAGCUGAUCCCUGGGGAGGACACCGUUGUGAAAACCCCCCAGUGCUGGAUGAUCAGGCGGACCGACUUGGAGUACUUCCCAAGGGGGAGCAGUCCCUGGGACCGGUUCCUGGUGGGUGGGUACCUCUCGUCCAAUGCGCUCGGUGAGACGAUCCAUAAAAUGCUGGAGACCUCCGUCAACUGGCCGGCCAUAGGCAGCAUGCUGGAGUGCGUCAUCAGACCGACGGUGGCUUCUGAGGACCUGACGCUGGAGGUCGAGCACUGUCGGGUUCAGCUGAACGUAGCCCUCUAUCCAGUGGUGAGGGUGGAGGAAAAGGUUCUUCUGGCCAAGCCUCCCAGGGGACUUGUGGAAAACCUCUGGCAACAAAGCUUUUAUGCAGCGGAGGUCUCCAGACUCAAAGAUCUGGAUGCUGGAGACGCGGGGGUCAGGCAGCUCUGCCUCAAAAUCUGGAAGGCAGUCUGCAGAGACCACCCCGUCUUGGGCAGACUGACUGGCAGUCACUUGACUCACGUCCUCCUCCACCUCAGUGAGGUGGAGCGGGACUGGGCAGAGGCCACCUUGGCCACUAGGUUCCAGCAAAUGAUCGAGGAGCUGGUGGGCUACCUGGAGAGAGGCUUUCUCCCGUGCUAUUUCGACAGUAGAAUCAACCUGUUCCACGAGCUGCUGGAAGAGGAAAUCGAUGAGAUGGGGUACGCGCUCUACAGUGCUGUAUCCGAGCCAGCCCUGCUGCUGAAGGAAGGUGCCUGUAAAUGAAUUGCGAGGCUGGAAGUUCCCGAGUGUAGGUUUUGCACGUCUCCGAGCUAAGUGGAUUGCCGAAGUGUCUAACUCUUGUAGCUGAGGCCUUGCGCUUAAUGAAAGAGAAGCAGGCACUUCCUGAACAAAAUGUGCCUGAGUGAAGGGACAGGGGGAUCAGACACGGAGCCCAUCAGCUCCGGGUCUCCCAGUUUGAAUCCGGCCUGUGUCUACAGUAAUUAGGAGCCUGAUGCCAUCCAUUUAAUGACUGGGAUGUCUGUGAAAUGAGUUUGGUCUCUGUCCAGUUCCUGUUGAACUAGUAUCUGUGCCAACCCCCCAUCACAGCAAGGUACCUUCCACACCACCACGGGCCUGGACGCCAAACUUCUCAUUCCUAGAGGCAGUUCCCCAGACUAGAGCGUUUGCUGGUGAGCGUGCAAGAAGCUGCACGUUGCCAGUGCUUGGAUUAUGCAGCUUGGCUGUGCGUAAGCUGGACUACAGGCUCCGGGGCUGUCCGGGCAGCUCUCACCAGCACUAAAUCCACUCUUGAAGUGCCGGACUCCAAAUGUAUAUUUGUGGGUGAGGGAGCAGGGGUUAAAACCCUCUUUCUCUAAGCAAAUGUGCAAGCCUGGCACAUUUGCCAUUCUGAAAAGGACUUGAUGGAGAAUAGGUAGUAACUGAAUAUGCAUUACCAGAUAGAUAUUGCCAUAGCAAAUCCAGAUGCAAUCUUAUUUGCUGAAGCACCUUCAAUGUUAAUACAGCUGCCAAGCAAAAUGAGCUUAAAUCCAGUUGCUUGUUCUGUUAGUGUUUAGCUCGUUUGGAGGAGACUGUUUUAAUGCUAUGUAUUCAGUGCCAUAACUUCAAGCCUGAUGUUGAAACACCCUUCCCUAACAUGCCUGUCUGCUACAAACCCAGUAGUAGGACGGGUUAUGGCUGUUGAGGGAGAGGGGGAUCUGCUUACUGCAAGGAGGUUCCCACAGGUCUUUCAGAAUAGAUGGGACUGAAUCCUGCUCCAGCUUUGGAAGUACUGCAGGCUUGGCAGGUUGCUAUUUCCCAUCUACUGUGUUAGACUGGACAGGGCUCCCAUUCCCAGAUUGAGGCUGCGUCACAACACACCAUCUUGACCGUGCCUCUCAGGUUUUCAGACAAUGCCCUCUUAUACGUGCGUUGCUGCUAUUUAGAGAGCCCGGCCCCACAGACUGCUUGAAAAGCAGCGGUGGGCAGGCUGGGGGACAGCGCUUUAAUUGGAAGGCUUGCUGUUGGCGAGAGUUGGAGUGAUUUGUGCUGGUCUUUAUUUUAAGAAUAAGUUGCUUUUUUGAGUGGCUGCUAAUAGGCUUAUUUUGGUCCUGGCUCUGUUCCAAGUACUAGGACAUUACUUCUGUGACUUCAGAAUCGUGCCAGUUUUUCAGUGUGGCAGGGGGGUUACUCCUGCUAACUCUGAACGUAUGUACUGUGACUCGGUUUUUCCUGCAGAGAGAUUUCUUGUUUGUUUGGGAGCAGGGAGGAGAAACCUCUCUCUCUCUCCCCGCAUCUCAAUUUCCUGUGAUCUAAAGAUGACUUGAUCUAUAGGAACAAAAGCACUUCUCAAGUGCAAUUCUCUAGCAAUGAGAAUAAAGCCUCACUGUCUAAC